AUGUUAUACUCAAUUCAGUCGUUGUUAAUUGAAUUACUGUUAUCAACAGCAUUUGAUGUCACUAGAAGUAUUCCUUCAAAUGAUUAUAGUUUUAUUGGUAGUCAAUUUUAUAAUAGUAGUGAUAAUGAAAAAAGUUUUUCUAAUAAAUCAUUAAAUAGCAAUUUAAUGCCUACAUCUUGCGCAAGUGAUGAAACUAAAUCACAAGAUUUAGCUUUUCAUUUAAUGCAAAAUUAUUCACGUAAUGCACUUCCAGAACCAUCACCUGUUGUGGUUACUGUAGAAAUUACAAUUCAAGAUAUCUCUGAUAUAUCAGUUAUUACUGGAACAUUUGUUAUAGAUUUUUGGAUUAGUGCUAUAUGGAUAGAUUCCAGAUUACAAUUUAGUCAUUUAGAUCCAUGUCGUAAAAAUUUAAGUUUAGAUCACGAUAUGGAACCAAAACUUUGGUCACCAAAUGUAUGUAUUGUUAAUUCAAAAUCAACAAAAGUUCAUGAUUCACCAAAACCAAAUAUUUUAUUAAUGAUUUUUCCAAAUGGAACAACAUGGUUAAAUUAUAGAAUUCGUUCAGAAGUUCCAUGUGAAAUGGAUCUCCGUACAUUUCCAUUAGAUACAAUGAGAUGUAAUCUACUUCUAGAAAGUUAUUCAUAUAAUAUGGCUGAAGUACAACUUGAUUGGUUAUAUUGGUCACCAGUUACAACAAUAAAAGAUGAUUAUAAUUUACCAGACUUUCGUUUAACAAAUAUAACAUGGGAUAAAAAUACAGAAAGCUACACAGCAGGUAUAUGGCAAAGAUUAUCAGUUAGUAUAUAUUUUGAAAGAUUAUUUGGAUUUUAUAUUUUACAGAUGUAUAUGCCAACAUAUAUAAGUGUAUUUAUUUCAUGGAUAGCAUUUUGGUUAGAUACUAGAGCAUUACCAGCUAGAAUAACAUUAAGUGUUAGUUCAUUAAUGGCAUUAACAUUUCAAUUUGGUAAUAUUGUGAGAUCACUUCCUAAAGCUAGUUAUGUUAAAGCAAUUGAUGUAUGGAUGUUUAGUUGUGUUGGUUUUAUUUUUGGUUCAUUAGUUGAAUUGGCAAUUGUUGCAUAUAAUGAUAAAUUAGAAGAUCAACGACAAAGAAAAAAUAAAAUAAAUAAUAUUAAAAGAAUGUUAGCUGCUAAUACAAACAAAUCAAUGAUUCCAUUAACAAAUAUUUCCAGAAAACGUAAAUCAUAUAUGUAUCAUGAUAUAAAAACAGAAGAAGUAUCAUUAAACUUACCAAUGACAGAUAUUGGUGAUAAAUAUCCAGAACAAUGUAAUAAUGAAUCAAGUAUUGAUAAAUAUUGUUACUCAUCAAGUAAUAAUGAACAUGAAAAUUUUAUUAAAAAAACUAAUUCUCGUGGUAGUAGUUUUAUUUUAAAAAGAAAAAGUUAUGAUGAUGAAAAGUCAAGUAAAAAUUAUGACAAAUAUAUUGUUAAACAAAAAAAACAAUUGGAUAAUAUGUCUAAUAUUCGUAAAGCAGAAUUUGGUGGUAUUGUAGAUAAAAUUGCAAGUAUUUUAUUUCCUUUAGCUUUUGGAAUAUUUAAUGUAUUUUACUGGGCAUAUUAUUUGUCUUACAAAAGUAGUAAUUCACAAUAA